UAUUUCACAGAAGAGACAAUUCCUUGUGUUUGUUACCGCAUAUGGCGAGCAAGAACUAUGGCAGGAAGUCACUCUAUGGAUUUUUUCAGUAUAAUCAGAAUAUGAUUGGACUGGAAUCUUUACCUGACCCCUCAGAUACCUGGGAAAUUGUUGAGACCAUUGGCAAAGGCACGUAUGGUAAAGUCUAUAAAGUCACUAAUAAGAAAGAUGGAAGUUUGGCAGCGGUGAAGAUUCUAGAUCCUAUCAGUGAUGUGGAUGAAGAAAUUGAAGCAGAAUACAACAUUCUACAGUUUCUUCCUAACCAUCCCAACGUCGUUAAAUUUUAUGGAAUGUUUUACAAAGCAGAUCAAUAUGUGGGUGGCCAGCUCUGGCUUGUUCUUGAGCUUUGUAAUGGGGGCUCUGUCACAGACCUUGUCAAAGGCCUGCUGAAGUGUGGGCAACGCUUGGAUGAAGCUAUAAUCUCCUACAUCUUAUAUGGUGCUCUCCUGGGUCUGCAGCACUUACACAACAACCGAAUCAUUCAUCGUGAUGUCAAAGGGAACAACAUUCUCCUGACUACAGAAGGAGGAGUCAAACUUGUUGACUUCGGUGUUUCUGCACAGCUCAGCAGCACAAGACUGAGAAGAAACACAUCAGUGGGAACCCCAUUUUGGAUGGCUCCUGAGGUCAUUGCAUGUGAACAACAGUAUGACUACUCCUAUGAUGCUCGGUGUGAUGUAUGGUCCCUUGGGAUCACGGCCAUUGAACUGGGUGAUGGAGAUCCACCCUUAUUCGACAUGCAUCCUGUGAAAACACUUUUUAAGAUUCCAAGGAAUCCCCCUCCUACUUUAUUACAGCCAGAAAUGUGGUCCAGGGGAUUCAAUCACUUCAUUUCACAGUGUCUUAUUAAGGACUUUGAAAAGCGUCCAUCCGUCACCCACCUUUUAGAGCAUCCCUUCAUCAGACAAGCCCACGGUAAGGACAUGGCGCUCCAGAAACAGCUGGCUGGUCUCAUCCAAGCACAACAACAACUGGGUGUUUUCGCCAAGACGAGACAUGAGAGAAUACACACUCGAAGGCCUUAUCGUAUUGAUGCACCUGACAAAUAUUCCCCCGAUGAUGAUUUGGUGAACCUUGAAGUCCUGGAUGAGGAUACAAUUAUUCAUCAGCUGCAGAAACGCUAUGCAGACUUACAGAUUUAUACAUACGUCGGAGAUAUCUUAAUAGCCUUAAACCCUUUCCAAAAUCUCAGCAUAUAUUCUCCACAGUUUUCGAAGCUUUAUCAUGGGGUGAAGCGUUCUACAAACCCACCUCACAUAUUUGCUUCUGCAGACGCUGCUUACCAAGGCAUGGUCACUUCUAGCAAAGACCAGUGCAUUAUCAUCAGCGGAGAAAGCGGUGCUGGAAAAACUGAAAGUGCCCAUCUCAUUGUGCAGCAUUUGACCUUCCUGGGAAAGGCUAACAAUCGUGCUUUGCGGGAGAAGAUUCUUCAAGUGAACCCUCUGGUAGAAGCCUUUGGCAACGCCUGCACUGCAAUCAAUGACAACUCCAGUCGGUUUGGAAAAUACCUGGAAAUGAUGUUUACGCCAACAGGAGCUGUAAUGGGAGCGAAAAUUUCUGAAUAUCUGCUAGAAAAGUCCAGAGUCAUAAAGCAAGCUGUAGGGGAGAAAAACUUCCAUAUAUUUUAUUAUAUUUAUGCUGGCCUUUAUCAUCAGAAGAAACUCUUCGAAUAUAAACUGCCUGAAGAAAAGCCUCCAAGGUAUAUUGAUAAUGACACUGGAAGGGUGAUGUGUGAUAUUAUUAGCAAAGAAUCUUAUGGAACUCAGUUUGAAGCCAUUCAGCAUUGCUUUAGAAUCAUAGGGUUUACUGAUGAGGAAGUGCAUUCAGUGUAUCGAAUUCUGGCUGGGAUCUUAAAUAUAGGAAACAUUGAAUUUACUGCCAUUUCUUCCCAACACCAAACUGAUAAAAGCGAAGUGCCCAAUGCCGAAGCCUUAGAUAGCGCUGCCUCGUUGUUGAGUAUUGGCUCAGAAGAACUUCAGGAAGCCCUUACCUCACAUUGUGUUGUCACACGUGGGGAGACCAUUAUCCGAACAAACACAGUGGACAAAGCAGCCGAUGUGCGAGAUGCCAUGUCAAAGGCACUUUAUGGCCGGCUCUUCAGUUGGAUCGUAAAUCGUAUCAAUACCCUGCUGCAGCCAGAUAAAAAUAUAUGCAAUGCUCAGAGUGGAAUGAAUGUUGGGAUUCUGGAUAUUUUUGGAUUUGAGAACUUCACAAGAAACUCAUUUGAACAGCUGUGCAUAAACAUCGCUAAUGAGCAGAUCCAAUUUUAUUUCAAUCAGCAUAUAUUUGCACUUGAGCAGAUGGAAUAUCAGAAUGAAGGAAUUGAUGCUCCUGUGAUUGAAUAUGAAGACAACCGGCCACUCCUAGACAUGUUCCUUCAGAAACCAAUGGGUCUGCUUUCUCUGCUUGAUGAAGAAAGUCGAUUUCCCCAAGCAACAGAUCUCACUUUAGUUGACAAAUUUGAAGAUAACUUAAGAUGCAAGUACUUCUGGAGACCCAAACGAGUGGAGUUGUGCUUUGGCAUUCAGCACUAUGCUGGAAAGGUGCAGUAUGAUGCGUAUGGUUUCUUGGAGAAGAACAGGGACACCCUUCCUGCUGACAUCGUGGUGGUGUUGAGGACUUCAGAGAACAGGCUUCUGCAGCAGCUCUUCUCAAGCCCUUUAACCAAAACAGGUAACUUGGCACAAACAAGAGCCAGAGUGACAGCAGCAUCCAGGUCUUUACCCCCACAACUCAGUGCUGGCCGCAUCAAGGUUGACACCAUGGAAAUUAUGAGGCACCCCGACGAGACAACCAACAUGAAGAGGCAAACCGUGGCUUCCUAUUUCAGGUAUUCUCUGAUGGAUCUGUUAUCCAAAAUGGUGGUUGGACAGCCGCAUUUUGUUCGUUGCAUUAAGCCCAAUGAUGACAGGCAAGCACUGAAAUUUUCCAAGGCAAGAGUUCUAGUGCAACUGCGCUACACCGGUAUUCUUGAGACCAUCAACAUACGUCGGCAAGGGUAUUCACAUCGCAUUCUUUUCGAGGAGUUUGUGAAAAGGUAUUAUUAUAUUGCUUUCAAGGCACAUGAGACUCCAGUUGCCAGCAAAGAGAGCUGCAUUGCUAUUCUGCAAAAAGUCAAGUUAGACAAGUGGGUACUUGGGAAAACAAAGGUUUUCUUGAAGUAUUAUCAUGUUGAACAAUUGAACUUGUGCCUGCGUGAAGUUAUAGGCAGGGUGGUGGUCAUGCAAGCUUACACCAAAGGAUGGCUUGGAGCAAGAAGGUACAAGAAGCUCAAAGAGAAAAGAGCAAACAGCGCUGUUGCCAUUCAGUCAGCCUGGAGAGGAUAUGAUGCACGCAGGAAGUUCCAGGAUAUAAAGAACAGAAGAGUGGAUGCUGCUAUUCAUAUUCAAGCAGUUUUCAGGGGGUAUUUAGCUCGCAGAACUUAUGUACAGAUGAAAAACAGCAUUGACCACACAACAGAUACAAAGUCAAUCAACCUGGCCUUUAAUUUGCAUUGUGAGGAAAACUGGAAGCAAAGUUGCAACCCAUCUUCUCCCUCAGAGCCAGAUUUUCUCAACAAACACCCAAACAAGGAUUUGGCCCAAACAAAGAAUUUGCAGCCCCUCAGCCAAGCCCAUGCAGUCAAAGACCACCUGUUCUCUUGUUCCUUGAGACCGCAGAAAACUCAAGGUUCAGAGAAUGGCCUUGAACAGAAGCUGAAGACCCCCCGCCGACGUUGCCAGCAGCCCAAAAUGCUGAAUAGCCCUGAGGACAACUUGUAUUAUAACCAGUUAAAUGGAUCUCUAGAAUAUCAAGGGAGCAAGAGGAAGCCAAGAAAACUUGGGCAAAUAAAAGUCCUUGAUUGGGAGGAUGAGUACUACAAAUCAUUGUCAGCUGUUGAUUCCAUCCCAGAAGAAGACAACAAAUUCCAAGCUCUUCCUUCCUCCAGAGGAGUGUCCUUUCAGAGCUGAGCUUUUACCACUUAACUCUUUUGUGACAAUGCUGGUUACCUCUGUUUCUCUUUUCUGUUGGAUAUGGGAAAAGGUGGGGGUGGAAAGAAGUGAGAAGUCCUGCAUAGGGAAGAGAGCUUUGCCAUCACAGGAUGGAAUCUGCACCCACCUCCACCCCAGUUCUUGCUUCUCCAACCUGCUUCUGGCCAGGCAGAUCUGGCCCCGAGUCCUGACUCCACCUUGCUGCUCUCAUCUGCUCUGCUCCCGCUGGAGUUUCUACACAUGGUUUUGCCUCUGUGGGGCCAAAUUGGAAGAGGGACAGACCCUCCAGGGCCUUCUCUUCUGCAGCUGCUGACCUCUCCUGAGAUGUCAUGAGCCUCAGGUGACUCCUAAUCUCCUCUGGAUAUAGCUGUCCAGACUCUGCUUUGGUUGAGUUAAUGCUUCUCUGGAUCUUUCUUUUUAAUGUUUUUUUAAAGCUCUUUGGUAUCUUGUUCCCUUUUUUCGUAUCAUGUUUGGAUUGAUUUCUGGCCUUGACUUACCUGUGUAUCUACUAAUAAAUAAAAACAAAUUUGUGAAAUAAAGACACUUUGAACUUC